UGGGCAACCAAAACAUGCUAACCAAGCAAACAAAAACAGCUUAGCAACCUAGAAAUAAUAGCUUUUAGCUAAUUUAAAUGUACACAUGUAUGAUAAAGAGGUGCUAUCCGUUUAUCCGUUUAAUUAAUUCAAUAGUCUUUCUCUAUUUUCUGUAGCUUAAACAUGUGCUAAUGUAGAAGCAUGCUAAUUAGCCGUAGAUACUUGUACACUGUAGUCAACCAUGUUGUCUGAAUUACUGCAAGGCAUUGAGAGUGGAGGGUUUCUAAUAAUACGAGACUCCUGUAGUUACUCAGGGCGAGAUCUUCUGAAGAGCUUCAUCACUGCUGCCUUAAACAGGGAGGAAGUUAUACAUGUCCUGUGUUUUGAUGUGAGUGAAGAAGAGCUGAAGGAUGGAUUGAAACCAUCAGACACUCAGAGGUUCCAUAUUCACAAUGCCUAUUCGGAUCCCCUCGGGUGGACUGGUCACCCAAAUUUCACGGCUCAACAGUUCAGUUUGGAGGACCUCACAAACUUGGUCAAACAAACAUCACAACCAAAGCCAGCCGUGCUCGUCAUCGACUCUCUGUCUUGGAUAUUGAGACAUAAGACUCCGCCUGCUGUCUGCCAGACACUUCAGCAGCUAAGAAAAGGGGGAGCUGUGAGAGCUGUUAUUGGCCUGCUCCACACAGAUAUGCAUCAGAGGGGCACCGUGGGAAGCGUCUGCCACUUGGCAACUUCUCUCAUCUCCGUGGCACCUGGAGUGAAGGGAAAAGAAGCGGUGGCAAGAGUAACAAAGCGCUCCAAAUCAGGAAAAGUUAUGCAAGAUGAGGAGAUAUUCUGCAUCGCAGAGGAUUUCACAGUGACCAUUCUGAGCAAGGCCAGCCAUGCUGAACAUAAAACCAAUAGCACAGAGGAAGAGCAGGCGGACCCAACAGCUAACUUGACCUUCAACCUUCGACUGUCCGAUUCAGAGUUGGAGGCCAAGCAGAAACUCACACUGCCUUUCGUCUUCAGCAAAGAGAAGAAAACGGCUCUGCUCUAUCCAGGUCCAGGUUCUGGGCGGAUUCUGUACGAGCCCGAUGCCAAUGACGACUAUGACCAGGAGGACCCCGAUGAUGAUCUUGAUGUCUAGGGUUAAGGCAUGAUGAACGCUGUUCAUAAGAUAUUUGCAUUAUCCCCUCUACGCAGCUGAAAUAGUGCAGUUAUUGACAUCGUUUCCUUCCUGUCGUCUUAUCGAGUUUAAAGAUGCUACACCACACAACUUAAAUUUUCUACAUCUAUUCAAUCUUUAUGAAAUGUAAAAGUAUUUCUUAAUUUUAAACUUUAUUUUUUGUUAUGUUUAGUUUUUCAGAUCAAUAAACAACUGAUACAAACUUU